CUCUGUAUGUGUGUGUUUGGAGUCUCGGAGGAGCCGGGGGACGGUGGAAGUGGAUCCAGAAUCACAGUCUGACUCAGGAGCUUCGUCUUUAGCGUCCUCAUCAAACUUGAGGGACAAUAUUGCGACUAUAAAACACACGGAGACAUUCCGCGCUUCACAGAUUUUUAUUUUCCCUUCACAACUUCUUAUUUUUUGACUACAACAGCUUCUCUUCACGACGGCGGAGACACGAGCCGCGUGUCACAGCGUGGUUUUCCGUUUAUUUGCAGCUUCUCCAGUUUUCUAAUCUACUUUUUCUUCACGUUAUCGAGCCUGCAUCUGCUGUCACCCUGGCAACCAGAGCUCCUCUCCACCAUCCUCAUCCCUCUGCGUCUGACAGAAGCGCAAACACGCUUUUUUUUUACGCUCGUCCUCAAAGUGGAACCUGUUUUGGUUUUUUUCUUACCACAUCCUUAUAAAUUUUUUCUAAUUAAAAAACAGUAAGGUUCAUGUGUGGGAGAAGUCUUUUGUCUCAGCUUCAAAAUGCCUGUGAGACGCGGACAUGUCGCGCUCCAGAACACUUACCUGGACACCAUCAUCAAGAAAUUCGACGAGCAAAAUCGCAAGUUUCUGAUCGCCAAUGCUCAGAUGAAGAACUGUGGCAUCAUCUACUGCAAUGAGGGCUUCUGCCAGAUGUUUGGCUUCACCAGGGCGGAGAUCAUGCAGCAGCCCUGCACCUGCCAGUUCUUGGUGGGGCCCGGCACCAUGAAGAGCGCCCUGGCCCAGCUGGCACAGGCUCUGCUCGGCUCUGAGGAGCGCAAGGUGGAGAUCCUGUACUACGCCAAAGAAGGGACCUGCAGACCCUGCCUGGUAGACGUCAUCCCUGUGAAAAACGAGGAAGGACUUGUGAUUAUGUACAUCCUGGACUUUCAGGGGCUCAUCGAUCCUGCUCUCAAAAAAUCCGGCCUGAGGCAAAGAGUUACCCAAGGAUGGAUCUACUGUCAGAAUCGCAGGCUAAAGAUGAGGCUGCCAGUGCUGCGGUCCCUGAGACGAUCGUCCCUGUCCAAAGACCAGUUUGAAGGCGUUGUGGUGGACUAUCUGCAGCCAAACAGCGAGGAGGUUCCCCUGAAAGAGUUUCGGAUCCCGUCCAAGGAGAGCUGCAUGCAGUCUGAGACAGAGGCUUUGAUAGAACAGGAUCUGGAUGUGGAUGCUCCGUCUCCCGUAGCUCAGUCGUCCACUAAACGCUGCUCCCUGCUCACGGACCGGCUCGACCCUGCGAUGGCCUUCCCCCGGGGGAGUCUGCCUCGCAGCUGUUCCCGUGACAGCGUCCGCAGCCUCCGUCGAGCCUCGUCACUGGACGACAUCGACGGCAUGAGGGCAGAAUGGAACAGUCGCCCAGGAGACGCCCGCACCAACAGCAAUCUGAAGCCCAGUGUGCUGAACUCCACAUCAGACUCUGAUUUGAUCCGACACAGGACCGUUGGCCGCAUCCCUCAGGUUACCCUGACCUUCGGCUCGGAUCGGAUGAGACCUCCGUCUCCUACUGAGAUCGAAAUCAUCGCGCCCAGCAAGAUAAAAGAUCGCACCCAGAACGUCACAGAGAAGGUCACGCAUGUCACACAGGUGUUGUCCCUCGGCGCUGACGUGCUGCCAGAGUACAAGCUCCAGGCCCCACGUAUCCAUAAAUGGACCAUCCUUCACUAUAGCCCGUUCAAAGCAGUAUGGGACUGGGUCAUCCUGCUCCUGGUCAUCUACACUGCCAUCUUCACACCUUACUCAGCCGCCUUUCUUCUCAACGAGGUGGAGGAGCAGCGGAGAAGAACCUGUGGCUACACCUGCAACCCGCUCAAUGUGGUGGACCUGGUGGUCGACGUCAUGUUCAUCGUGGACAUCCUCAUCAAUUUCCGGACGACGUAUGUCAACCACAACGACGAGGUGGUCAGCCAACCGGGACGCAUCGCACAACACUACUUCAAGGGCUGGUUCCUCAUCGACAUUGUUGCCGCCAUUCCUUUUGAUCUGCUCAUAUUCCGGUCUGGGUCAGAGGAGCCCCAGACAACGACACUGAUUGGUUUACUGAAGACAGCCAGACUGCUGAGGUUGGUGCGAGUGGCCAGGAAGUUGGACCGUUACUCUGAAUAUGGAGCUGCUGUCCUUCUCCUUCUCAUGUGCACCUUUGCCCUCAUUGCUCACUGGCUGGCCUGCAUCUGGUAUGCCAUCGGCAACGUGGAGCGCACCGGAUCCGCACACAUCACUGGCAUGAAGAUUGGCUGGCUGGACAAUCUGGCUGACCAGAUCGGUAAACACUACAAUGACAGCGACGCAGCCUCGGGUCCCUCCACUAAGGACAAGUAUGUCACAGCUCUGUACUUCACCUUCAGCAGUCUGACCAGUGUGGGCUUUGGAAAUGUCUCGCCCAACACCAACCCAGAGAAGAUCUUCUCCAUCUGUGUCAUGCUCAUUGGCUCUUUGAUGUAUGCCAGUAUCUUCGGUAACGUGUCGGCCAUCAUUCAGAGACUUUACUCAGGCACGGCUCGCUACCACACCCAGAUGCUGCGAGUCAAAGAGUUUAUACGUUUCCACCAGAUUCCAGGAGGACUGAGACAGAGGCUGGAGGAGUAUUUUCAACACGCCUGGUCCUACACCAACGGCAUCGACAUGAACGCAGUUCUGAAGGGAUUUCCAGAGUGUCUACAGGCCGACAUCUGCCUCCACUUGAACCGCAGCUUGUUUCAGAGCUGCAGAGCCUUUCGAGGUGCCAACAAAGGCUGUCUGCGUGCUUUGGCCGUGCGAUUCAAGACCACCCAUGCUCCACCCGGCGAUACCCUGGUCCACAGUGGGGACAUUCUCACUGCAGUCUACUUCAUUUCCAGAGGCUCCAUAGAGAUCCUGAGGGACGAUGUGGUGGUGGCCAUACUGGGAAAGAAUGACAUCUUUGGUGAACCCAUCAGUCGAUAUGGAAGACCGGGGAAGUCUAGCGCUGACGUCAGGGCUUUGACCUACUGCGACCUUCACAAGAUCCAGAGAGAGGACCUGCUGGAAGUGCUGGACAUGUAUCCUGACUUUUCUGACACAUUCUGGAGCAACUUGGAGAUCACCUUCAACCUGAGAGAUGCAGAUAGAAUAAACCAGACAACUCCGAGCAGGGACUCUGAGUGUGGCUACCGCCGGACGAGGCAUCGGAGAAGCUCUGUACGGCGUCGAAACCGUCCAGACGGGAUGGACGGUGACAACCCUGAGCAGUCUGACGGCAAAGUCUGUCUGAUGGUAAACCACCACAGUGGUGAAAUGGCAGGAUCCCGUUGGGACGACCUCUACAGCAGCGCAAGUAUCUGUUCACAGUCAAGUGACGAGGAGAUGAAGCCCAUGGGACACAGCAAAGGGGAGCUGUACCAUCCAGGAGGGGACACUAGAGACUACCCACCAGCCGUGGUCAACAUCCUGCCUCACAGUGGACCUUCUGCUGGGAUGGGCCCACCCAUAGACCUCGGAGGAGAACCACCAUUCUCAGCAGCCGUAGCUGCAGCACCUAUCAACAUGUCAGGCCUGUACAGCUACUGGUCAGAUCGCAGGUCUAGCCAGUUCACUGAAAGGCCGACGCAGACGUCGGCAGUCAGGAACAGUUUCCACACAACGCCACGUACGGAGUUUCGGCCCAGUGAGCUUGAAUCCAGACUGGAGGUGCUCCAAUCACAACUGAAUCGACUGGAGACCCGCAUGACAGCAGACAUCAACGUGAUCCUCCAGCUCCUGCAGAGGCAGAUGGCCCCAGUGCCUCCAGCCUACAGUGCUGUGUCCCCCAGCCCUCACCCUUCUCACCCGUCUCACCCGCCUCACACCUCCACCUUGUACGGCACAGGAGCACAGACAAUUUACACUGUCCCCCCAGUCCAGCUGGUACAGAUCGACAGCACUGCCUCACUGCUACAGAGUGCAGACUCUGACUGUAAGCACAAAUCGAAAGACACCCUGUCCAGCGGGAUCCAUCUCACUGUGGUCUCGGAUGACACCAUGUCAUUAUCACCAGAGGCAGACCCACCACACCCCCCGGUGGACCUCACUCCUCCUCAAAUGUUAGGCGUCUAUGAGGCUGCUGGACUGUUAUAUGGCAGCCAGCGCUUCCCCUCCCUCCCUGAGCACCUGGAGACCACCACAGAGAUGCAGGAGAUUCAGAGGCAUGUCUCUGACCCGCUCUUACCUGGCAGCUAGAAAACUACACACACCACCCAAUUGCCCGCUCCUUUAAAGCUCUCCAUGUUGUUACUUCCCCCCCCCCUUUAAAUCUUCUCUGUCCUGUUCAGAUGCUGCUUAAUCGUGUUGGGACGAGGUUUCACAGUGCCUCCUGUUUCUUACAGACUCAAUGGUGCCCUCGCAGGCUGGCUGGGCUUCUGCGCUCCAGCAUCCCUUCACUCCUAAAUGAAGACAUUAUUCCUGCCCAGCCAUGUGGGACAAUUGUGAAACAUGGGUUUAGAGAUCAAGCACUGAAACAUUUACAAUGCGUCAGGCAGUCGACUGCAUCAUGGACCAAGGUUUCCUUGAGAAAGUUGAGGAUUUACUAAUGUGUUUCACGUGUGAAGAAUUAUCUGUGUUCACUUUGUAAACGGAUUGCACAUUUAGGCGUUAGAAAGAUUUUAAUCAUUUAUUUGGUACUGAAAUUAUUUUCAUAACAUAAUGAGUUACAUUAACACCCAUACGUAAAGUAAUUAAGUGUAAAAAGUUAUAGAUUACCCCGUUGUUUUCAGUGUGUGUGUUGAAAAAAUAUCAAAAGGCCGACUGUGUGAAACGAUGUGAACGAUGGUGGGUGAAGGUUCAAAGCAGGUUUGGAUGACACAUAAGUGCAGUAUAUGAUAUGAAUCAGCAGUGUGGUGUUUGGUCAUGAGAGAGAAUUCCAAACUACACAAUCAUCCUGAGCAGAAAAACUUUCUCUCUGGGUUUCCCUGUUUUCAUUUCAGUGUCUGCUCAGGAUAAGUGGGUCAACUAUUUUGUGUGGGAAGGUCACAUGGUUUCACAGUGUGUUUAAGUGCCAGCAUUAGAGGAGCUGUCGGGUCGUCGUGAAACUGUCACUAACAUGCAGACACAGAGACUCAAAUCGUUCUAUGCUAAGAUGAUAUUAAUUGUCCCAACCUUGAGGUGAAUAUUCUACCUUUUUAAGCAUUUAUAAUUCUGUAUAAUGUUUCUCAAAGCACAAACUCCUGUUAUUUAUCUUUUGUUUUUUAGAUUAAAGACACUGCAAACUUGCA